ACGUCCGUUACGUUUGGCAGACACGCGCAAUGAUAGCCGGAAGCGCCGAUGGGAGGAAAAUAAAAAUCGAUGAAAUCUACUGUAAUUCGCGAGUGUAAACCUCUCACUUGGUGUCCUUUUCGCGACCGUAAGCUCGAAUCUGUUGGCCGCUCACGCUGCCACUGUGCCGGAGGGGACGGCAGCGAGCUGAGGAGCUGCUGCUUUUGAACGAAGUUGCUCGGUAGGGGUUUAGCUGACGUGUGGAGAAGUUGAGACUGCCAGAGAGCAGAUAAACAAACAUAAACAAGCAGGGAUCAGCUGAGCGCCAGCCCGAACCGAACCAGCAACACGAAGAGAUGUCAGGGAGGACCAGUUUCCUCUUUUGAGCCCAAGAAUGAUCCACAGGAGACCGUGACUUACACUGAUACUAGCUCCAUGUCAACUGUCAACACUGGCACACAAAGAAUUUCGGAAACACAACACGAGGACCAGCCAUAGGCUUUAGCAGCAGAUCCACUGCUCCUGUCACUUUGUCAAGACAUAGCCAGGCCAGCAUGGACAGCCAAUGAGUUUACCUUCCAGUUUUCAGCUGUAACGAAACGAAUACACAUUACAGUGCAAGGAGAGAGUAUCCCCCUCCUUACCUUUCACCUGGCCACUGGUGUCAGAAGUGGGAUUACCAUGGCCCACCAGGCAACCCCUAGUUCCCAGAAGGCCCUGAUGAUGGAGCUGAAGUCUCUGCAGGAGCAGCCGGUGGAGGGUUUCCGCAUCACUCUGGUGGAGGAGUCUGACCUCUACAACUGGGAGGUGGCCAUCUUCGGGCCCCCAAACACCCUGUAUGAGGGAGGCUACUUUAAGGCUCACAUCAAGUUUCCAGUUGACUACCCGUACUCCCCGCCAACCUUCCGCUUCCUCACCAAGAUGUGGCACCCCAACAUCUACGAGAAUGGAGAUGUGUGCAUCUCCAUCCUGCACCCUCCUGUUGAUGAUCCUCAGAGCGGCGAGUUACCCUCUGAAAGGUGGAACCCCACCCAGAACGUCAGGACUAUUCUGCUUAGUGUAAUCUCUCUGCUCAAUGAGCCCAACACCUUCUCCCCGGCCAACGUGGAUGCCUCCGUCAUGUUUCGCAAAUGGAGGGACAGCAAAGGCAAAGACAAGGAGUAUGCAGAGAUUAUCAGGAAGCAGGUGUUGUCAACAGCGGCGGAGGCAGAGCGUGAUGGUGUCAAGGUACCAACCACGUUGGCAGAGUACUGCGUCCAGACCAGAGUUCCCUCCCAGGACAGCAGUUCAGAUCUCCUAUAUGAUGACCUCUAUGACGACGACAUGGAGGAGGAGGACGAGGAGGAGGACGAGAGCGAGAUGGAGUCCGUAGGGGAAGCCGGGGGCAUCAGCGCCGCGGAGGACGGCGGGACGUCCACCAGACGUUAUGACAACCAGGACGACUCUGGCAACGAAGACUCAUGAUGAUCUGGAUGAUAACUCCUCCCUGCCAACUCCCCACCCACUCCACCACCCUCCUUAUUUUCUGUUACAUUUUCAGUGUGUGUGUGUGUGUGUGUUUGCACAUACAGUGGGGGUCAAAGGUCUACUGCCAAAAACGUUUCAUCAUUUAUUAAACUAAUACCAAUGAUUGGUCACGUAAUAGUAAUAUAACAGGUUUUUAGCAAAGGUUUGUUGGUACUGUUUUCACUGAAAGUCAGAAUUUCGUGUUUCCACCGUUUGCCUUAAUUACAGCUUCCGCUCUGUCUAGCAUCAGAUGUUCUUCAGAGUUUGAGAAUUUAAAUUAUUAUUCCAGCACUUGUUGAGAGUACCCCUGAGUGUUUUUGAUGUUUUAUUACGUUUCACAUUUUUAAAUGUGCCCCAUUGAUGAGGCUGAGGACCCAUCCUCUUUCACACUACUUUAAAUAAGAGUGAUAUUACUCUAUGGGUCAGUGUGAUUUACCAAGUGCAAGUUACUGACUCCAGACAAGGCAAAACAUCCCCACACCCGAAUAUUUCUGUCAACAUGUUUAGUUUUUAGACCUUGUCCUAUUACUCUUUCAUGCAAGCAGCGCCUUACACAUUGUACUGUAAGUUGUUUGGCUGCAACUAUGAAGUUUCCUCAACUUUUUAACAAUGACAUUUCAGUAUUGUUCAACCUCUGCCAAACCAUUAGACUUGUUUUGCCAUUAAAGAAGUGGUUUGGUACCUGC